CGUUACUGAGUAUAUGCUCACUCAACCUCUACAGUUCACACCGGGCGAAAAGAAAGUGUAUUCAAAUUAUGGACUUAUGCUACUUGGGUAUCUGGUAAGCAACGUUACAGGAAUGCCAUAUAUGGAUUUCUUGGAAAAGAAUAUCCUUCAAGGCUUGGAUGCAUAGUUAUUCGGGGCUUCGCCAUACGAACACAGGUAUGAUCACAUUAUCCAGGAAAGUCGCAUGAUUGGGUUAGAUCCGCUGCGUCCAUUGUCGAAUAGGUUAGUUGAUGGAGUGUACGGGGGAUACGGUAUUAUUAUGGAAGAAUGCGCUGCUGCAUUUUCUCUCAGAGCGAGCGCCAGCACCAUUACCAAGUUUGCUGGGUCCCACGCUGUUAGCGGAAUUGGGCGUCGAAGAAACGGUUAUCGUAGAGGUAACCUCGAAGGCGCCCGCACUCACGUAGAGAGCAAUGGGGAUUUUGACUUUGCUGUGGUGCUCAACAUCAGAAACUUUGCUUUCGACAAAGAGUUCGAAGACCUGACAGAGAAACAUAUCCGCCCGCUUCUAGAUGAUAUGAUACCGGCAUAUUUCCACACGAAGAAUAAGAAAUGGGUUAUUGACAGGGGUUAAAUUGACAGAUUGAGUGGGAUUUAUACGAAACCUGCAUUUGCAUUAAGCUUCAACUGGAGUGUCACGAAAGCAGAUUAUUUGUACAUGGUGUGGUAUCUCGAUGGAUGGUGGAUGUCUGCUCGUCAUGAGCUGACAUCAUCCCAUUCGCUCG